AUGGAGCUUACCAACUUUCUUGCCUUACUGGCAGUUAUCCUGCCCGUCGCCUACGGUGCACCAACGCAGGCGGCAAGCCUGCACCCCCAGAUUUUGGAGGCCAUGAAGCGCGACUUGGGACUGAACGCCGAGCAGGCCACUGCUCGUGUGGCGCGGGAGAUCCAUGCCACCGAUGUUAUCGAACAGCUGCGCAGCUCAGUAGCGUUCGCUGGUGCUUGGAUUAACGCGGACGUGCUAUACAUCGGCAUUACUGACCAAGCCUUGGCCGAUGAGGUCACUGCUGCCGGCGCCACGCCGAUUGUCAUGACCAAUAGCCUGUCCAAGCUGGAAAAGGCCAAGGAGGAUCUUGAUAAGAUAUUCAUCGGCCGAGCCAACGCCCUGGAAACAUCUUCGGACACUAGCUCUGGCAUUGCAUCGUAUUUCGUUGAUGUCGCCGCCAACAAGCUCGUUAUAGAGGCUCUCGCCGACAGUCACGGCUAUGCUGAGCAACUAGCCUCGCAGGUUGGGCUUACGACCGAAUUCCAGGUGCGGACUGUUGAGACGAUGCCGACUACCAUGGCCACGGUCCAGGGUGGCGAUGUCUAUUAUAUUAAUAGAAGCUCCCGCUGCUCUGUUGGUUUCGCAGUAACCACAGGUUUUGUGUCUGCUGGACACUGUGGAGGAUCAGGAGCUUCAGCUACAACAAGUAGUGGUGAGGCCCUAGGAACCUUUUCGGGCUCCGUCUUCCCUGGCAGUGCCGACAUGGCCUACGUCCGCACUGUAAGUGGAACAGUCCUUAGAGGCUACAUCAACGGCUACGGUCAAGGGAGCUUUCCCGUCUCAGGAAGCUCCGAGGCUGCUGUUGGAGCUAGCAUCUGCCGCUCCGGCUCAACCACUCAAGUCCACUGCGGCAUAAUUGGCGCCAAGGGCGCCACGGUUAACUACCCUCAAGGAGCUGUUUCGGGCCUCACUCGGACUAGCGUCUGCGCCGAGCCCGGCGACUCAGGCGGUUCUUUCUACUCCGGCUCCCAGGCGCAGGGUGUCACCUCGGGAGGCUCCGGCGACUGCAGCCGUGGAGGCACGACCUAUUUCCAACCUGUUAAUAGGAUCCUCCAGACAUAUGGCCUUACCUUGGUCACGGCGUAG